CCCGCUUUCCCUUUGCCCCACCAAUUCCACCCAACACCCAAACAUCCGACUCCAUCUAUUCAAUUCAUGCCACGAGUUUCAUAGAAAGGGUUCCUCUUAAAGCUCUCCCAUAUCUGUUCUUCUCCUGAAAGCCCUCAUUCGCAAUCUUUCUCAAUUCCUGAACAUCUUCGAUUUCCAUCUCAAUACCCGUCUUCUCCAAUCAAUCAAAUCAAAUAAACUCAUUCAAAAUGGCAACCGUUAAGACAAUUCCCCCUGGACAAACCUUCAUCGAUACUCUCGAUAAAUCAUUCGUCGAUGUCCCCGUCAACAAGGAGAAGGACAAUGCAAUUGCAACCACAGAGUUUCUUCAAGCUGCCGAAUCCCUCACUACUCUCUUCGAUGUUAUGGGAUCUGUAGCAUUCAACCCAGUCAAGAAUGAUAUGGCUGGUAACAUCAAGAAAAUCCGCGAGAGACAACUUGCUGCACCAGCAGAGUCAGAGACUCUUCAAGAAUUGGUCGUCAAUGAGCUCAAGACCAAGAAGCACACCGCUACUGAAGGUUUAGUUUGGUUGGUUCGUGGUCUAGACUUCACCUGCAUUGCUCUCUCACAAAACCUUGCCGCCCCCGCGGACGAACUCUCCGUAUCCUUCCGUGCUGCCUACGGCGAGACACUAAAACCCCACCACUCCUUCAUGGUGAAGCCCAUAUUCAGCGCUGCCAUGUCUGCCUGCCCAUACAGAAAAGAUUUCUACGUUAAGCUUGGAGAUGAUAACUCCAAGGUUGAGGGUGCUUUGAGAGUGUGGUUGAGUGCAUUGGAGAACCUGAUCGCCAUCCUGAAAGGAUUUUUGGACAGAAAGGAGGCUAAGUGGUAGAUUUGGGGAAGACACUAGAGAUAGGAAGGCCGUCAAUUCUGGCAUGAGUGAGCGAGCAAGCGAUUAAUUUUGAACGACUUGAUAUGAUGAAGCGUUAUGUUUUGGAAGAAUAGCAAAUCAACAGGAGCAGAGAACAUGAACUACGUUUGCAUGAUGACAAAACAGUAAAAAAGUAACUUAGCAAGCUUUUAUUUCCUAAGUG